AAUAUAAUUAAUUAUUUAUGAUUUAUGAAACUAUCAGCUAAGACAGAAUUUCUUCUGUCGAAUCAGAGAUACCAUCCAUCAGCUGGAGCCAGAAGUCAAAGUCAGGUAAAACACAUUCAUGUGGACACAUGCAGUCUAACUGAAUGUACGCUUCAGGUACAGCAGCUUACCCUGAUGUGUGUGAAUGAAGAAACAGCUUGCAGAUGUGCCUGGGCGGGAUAUUUGGAUCUGUUGAUAGCCAAGCAACCACCAACAAGUUCCACCCUCAGUUCUUUUUCUCCUCAGUAACAUGUUUCAGCGUAUCUGGAAUAGUAGAUUAUAAUAUAGCAUAAUGCUUCGCAUCGAACAAAAAUUCUGUAAUGAUCACAAUCAGCUAUUGAACAUCCCUUGUGUGCAAGGUCGCAUGCAUAAAGGUUUUUUGCAUAGGCGGCGCUCGGUUGCACCAGGCAUUUUGCCGAGCUGGAUGGUUGCCACGGGAGAGCAAAAGAUUUCUCAAACAUGCAUGAAAGAAUCUAAACAACACUCCAGGCAUGUUUGAUAAGGGAAUAACAAUAAAGCAUGACGCAAAGUGACUUUACAUAUUAUUUCCCCUUUAAAUCCAUCACAGGUUAUUUAGUUAGAUGUCAUAAUUUCACUUAAAGUUUAGGUGUAAAUAAAUUUACAAACGCAGACUUCAUUCGACUGUAACUGAACUAAUGUUCUCAAGAACAAACAUAGACACCACAGAUAGGUUUGAGCAUGUGAUUAUGUUUCCAAAGUAGGACACAUUGCAUCACUUUAUGCUAACCAAUCAAUGGCAGACUAGACCCUUAAGAGAGGAAAAUGCUAAAAAGAUACUUUCCAUUCACCACAAUAAUCUGAAGACAAUGGCAUUUGCACACUAUGCCUUCUUUCCGACAUGCCUUGUCCUAUGCUUGGUUCAGGAAACUCAUCUGUCAUCAUAUUCAUCUGUUCACCAAGAGAGCAGCUUCACCUCAGCCCAUGUCGGUGGCAAAGUGACCAUUCGAUGUUUCUACAAAGGUGACGAUUCAGCAUGGAUCUGCUGGUACAAACAAAUCCUGGGGCAGAAGCCAAGGCUCAUUUCGAGCUUCUAUAGCUAUGGAACAAAAAGGACUUUUUACCAUGAAUUCCAGAACAGUAGUCGUUUCCAGAUGGAUGCAGAGAAUCACACUUACUACCUGACGGUUUCGGACCUACUUGUCUCAGACUCAGCGACUUACUACUGUGCAGUUAACUAUGCAAAGGUGCUGACUUUUGUAGAGGGAAAAACAGUUAGUGUUAGAGAUUCAGGUUUUGACAGUCAGGCUUCGGUCGAUCAGCCAAAGUACGCCGCCGUCCCGCCGGGAGGCUCUGUGACUCUCAACUGCACAGUACAAACUGGGAGCUGUGGUGGAGAACACAGAGUUUACUGGUUCAGAAACUCUGAUGGCUCUCCACCAGGACUGGUUUAUGGACACGGAGCCAAGAGUGAGCAGUGUGAGACAAAUCCCUACAGACAGACACACACCUGUGUGUAUGACCUGCCUGUGGAGAAUCUGGAUGCGUCUCAUGCUGGGACCUAUUACUGCGCCGUCGCCUCCUGUGGACACAUUGUUUUUGGAAACGGAACCACGCUGAAUUUCUCCUUAGGAGAAGAAAACAUCUUGGUGUACCUGUUUGUGGGAUUUGGGUUUGGGUCUGUCACCACCGCCCUGGUUGUUUUACUGAUUAUCUUUGUGAACAGGAGAAAGACAAGACGUCACCAAGCCACGGAGUCCAGACGGCCUGUGGCCUGGACCACAAUAACCGAGGAUAAUCACAGAGACUCAGGCGACCUCCACUAUGCAUCUAUAAAUGUUGAGUCAUCCAGCAGAUCACAGAAACAGAGGAAGAGCAGCCAGUCUGUCCGCCUCUGCUCUAGUGUAAAAAAUGAGAAAUAAAGAUCCUUUACUAUUCAGAAUCGCUGAGGCUUUUCAUAAUGUGAAUGAUUUUUGUUCUCUGAAUUGAGAUAAACUUUCUAAGGCUUAAAUAAGAUGGCAAAUUUAUUUCUUUAGGAUCUUUUUUUUUUAACUAAGGCAGCUUUCUAUUUUUGCUGUUAGUAUUCUUCUGCUCACUUCAUAUGAACGAGUCAAUGAAUACAUUUUUCUUGGCUUCAACAAUAUUUCUUUUCGUACACGAUGCUAUCUGCGUUUUUCCCACAAUAAAGGUGUU